GACCGAUGUUCAAUUACAAUGUCGCCAAUACAAUGGUCGAAAGAGUUGAUUGUGCAGGAUCAUCCAGCUUCUGGUGACAAGAUUGUUCUGCCGCCAAGUGCACUGGAGGAGAUGCUGGGGGGAUCAAGCGAAACAAACCGAGAGCUGCCGUCGCCACUCACCUUUGCGCUUUUGAAUCCCCGGACACGAAAACUUACACAUUCUGGGCUGCGAGAGUUCUCGGCUGAGGAGGGAGUGGUACUGCUACCGAAGCAUGUCCGGGAGAGUCUGGACUUGAAGGAAGGCGAAUUGGUGGCGGUUGCUGUCAGGGAGUUGUCCAAGGGAACCUUGGUGAAGCUGCGACCAUUGGAUGCCGGUUACGACGAACAGGAUUGGAAGGCACUUCUGGAAGCGCGUCUAAAUUCGCAUUAUACCACACUCACGAAGGGUGAAGUUCUACCGAUCGUCGCAGGCAAUCAGACGAUGCAGUUCUUGAUCGAUGAGAUUCAGCCGGCAGAUGCUGUUCUUAUCGUCGACACCGAUCUUGAGGUCGUCCUGGAACCACUAGACGAGCAGCAGGCUGAGGAAACUGCGAAGAAGCGAAAAUUGGCGGUGAAGGAGAACGUGGUCAUUGAAGUGGGGAGCGCUGUGCAAGGCCAGGUUGAGCGCGGUCAAUAUGCGAACUAUGAAUUGAGCGAAUGGAGCCGAGAUAAUGGUCUGGUGCUCGAGGUUAAGAUUUCUAAUGGGGAUGCCGACUUGCUUGUAUCGACUACACCUAAGCCGGUGGAUGACCUUCACAUGUGGUCGUCCUUUGAUUCCGCUAAGAGGGUAGCAUUAUCCGCCUCCAAUAUUGAGUUGUCGACAGCAACGAAGCUAAACAACAAGUGUGCUACCGCCACAGGGAAAGCGUUGACUAUGGCGGAAGCAGCGGCCAUCGUGAAGCCUAUCAAAGAGGCCCUGAUGGAUAUCAGCACGCCCCUCGAAUUUUGCGUGGAUGAGGGAACGACGAAGCGUCGAAUUCUGGCAGAGAUGGUUCUUGAUGAGGAUGCAUCCUACGACAUUGAAUGGCGUAUCAAAGCUAUCGAUGUCGAGGCUAGUAAUGUUGCGAAUGCACAGCUUUGGUUAGAGAGGAACGCCGUCAAGAAGGCCGAGGCAUAGGUAGUUUACAGGCUGAGAGUUAUAGGGUGUACCGGCGUUUUUCCAAAGGUUAUAGAGCAAUGAAUCUCAUUUUCCC